AUGAAUGCCAACUGGCGUGCGGUGGUCCUCCUGGCGACACUAUGGCGAUUCUGCUGCAACGGGACUCUGUUGGUCCAGUGCUGUCCACUGGAGUGCAUCUGCUUAUCGCAAACACAGGUCAUGUGCAACACAGGUGCACUACGCGAAAUCCCACUGAAGGCCAUCCCGGUGACGGUGGAGCAGCUGUCGCUGACGAAGAACUACUUCCCGAUCGUGAAGAGCGACGCAUUCGGGGGUCUCCGGGCACUCCGGAAGCUAUCGCUCGAUGGCAACAACAUCACCACCAUCAAACCGUUCGCGUUCCGAGGCCUUCCCCGGUUGCGGGACCUCUCGAUCCAGCACACCCCGCUGGCGACGGUCGCAUCGUUUGCGUUCGCCGGCCUCCAGAAUGUGUCACAGAUCCUGCUGGCCCACAACAAGAUCCUGCGCAUCGAGGGGUACGCGUUCGCGGGGGCCGUCAACAUCCGGCUGAUCAACCUGGUCGACAACCCGACCAUGACGAUCGAGACGAACGCGUUCUCGAGCCUGAGCAACGUCGACAAGCUGAUCCUGCCGUCCGGCAUCCGGUCGAUCGAACCGGACGCGUUCUUCGGGCUCGAGAUCGUCGGCCUGAUGAAGCUGUCAUUCAUGGACCUGGCGUCGCUGGUGCCGUACACGUUCCGCGGGCUCACCCACGUGAAGGUCCUGUCGCUGCAGGAGUCCGACCUGGGCGUAAUCCGGCCGGCCGCGUUCGAGGGGCUGGUCCACGUCGAGGUCCUCAACAUACUAAACAACAAGAUCGACGCGAUCCAGGAGCUCAACGUGACGGCGGCCAACCGCAUCCGGGUGCUGCGGAUACAGGGCAACCACCUGCUCGAGACCCCGGAACCGGGCGCGAUCGUGCUCGAGGGCAUCGACACGCUGCAUGUAAAUAGCAACUAUUUCCCGUGCGGCUGCAGCAUCCACACGCUGCUCGAGAGUCCGCUGGCGAACGGAACGUACGUAGCGCACGGGUCCGUCCCGGCCGGUGACUUCCUGUCGAAGAACUUCUGCAUCUCACCGCUCGAGGUGAACGGGCUGCCGAUGAGUGCGAUCGACGUCUACUCAAUCGGGCGCUGUCUGGAGCAGGUGACCCGCGAGAACCUCGAGGCAUCUAACUCGGCCCGCUCGAGUGUGUGGCGAGGGAGACCCCGUUCGUGGACCGGCCACUGGACCGGGACCGGCGGUAGUAGCGGGAGCGCUGGCGGCGGCGGCGGCAGCGGCGGUAGUUCCACUAGCACCAACAACAACAACCACGAACACUCCGGCGAAGGACCACUGCUGACGGCGGUCUCGUCCGCCGUCCGGUUCCUGCUCGCUUCGCCCGUACCGUCGGCCCUGCUGGCGAUGUGUUUCCGGUUUUUUAACCUCAAAAUUAGUUGA